UGUUCCUCUUGGGCCCUCCCCCUUUGACAGUUUUGCGGCCGAAAAAAAGCAACACUCGAAAAUAAUAACAAUAUAAGCAAUAAUGUCACAGGCUGUCGGCAAUACCGCUCUCGCAUACGCUCGUGUUUGGCACGUUGUCGAUGCUCGCCAACGGGUCAUGGGCCGCAUGGCAACCAGCAUUGCUACUACACUUAUGGGAAAACACAAACCAAUCUUCGAUCCUGCAUCCGAUUGCGGUGACUAUGUCGUUGUCAUAAACGCCAAAGAGGUUUUGGUAUCUGGACGAAAGGCUGAACAAAAACUGUACCGACACCAUACUGGCUUUCCUGGAGGUCUGAAAGAAAUCACAUACAACCAGCUCAAAGAAAAGGAUUCAACCGAGGCUAUCCGUAAAGCAGUAUCUGGUAUGCUGCCAAAGAACCGAUUAAGAGACGUACGACUGGAACGGUUGCAUAUUUUUGACGGUGAAGAGCAUCCGUACAAGGAGAAUAUCAUUAAGCGUCAUGGUGUAGAACAACAACAACAACAACAGAAAUAAAUGGAGGGGUGAUUGUAAAAAAAAAGUGGGAUGUGUAAUAUGCAAUAAAAAAAGAAUGAAAAAAGAGAAAGAAGUGUAUAAUGUCUUUUUUGUGAUCUUUUUCUUUUACUCUACAAUCAACUCUUUUACGUGCCAAUCUUCAUACGUUCCAUCUGGCAAGAACCGCCGUACAACCAAGGGAAUCUUCUUCUCCCGCA